UUGUGUAGUAAAGACGUCUCGCCUAAAAACGGAUUUUCGUUAAAGUAUAAAUUUUUAAAUGAAAAGUGUAUGACCACCACAAUAUUUUAGUCAUUCACUUAGUCAAAUGUGGUAAUUUUAUUGUUGUGUGUGUGUUUUUUUUAAAGAAAAAUACUUAAUAUUGAAAAAAUUUAAAAAAAAAAUCUCUCAGACUUAUUAAAGUUACAAAAAAUUGGAAGGAGAUAAUAAACGGAAUUUAGAAAAUUUUAAUUGAAUUAAUAUAGAAAAAUAAGUGUAAUACAAAUAAAUCAUUUGCAAAACAGAUUUUGUUGCCUAUGUUAAGGCGUUACGUUAUAAUAAAAUAACAAAGAGCAGAGAAAAUUCAGAAGAUAGGCUGUCUGUCUGUUUUUUUCUUCUUUGCAACGUGUAGGCACGAAUUGUUUAUGAAUAAAUUAUUUAAAAAAUACAAAAUUUAUUUAACAAAACAGUUUUAAGCAAACAUGUAUAACAAAUUAUAAAUUAAACAAAAUGUGAAAAAUUUAUAAUUCAUGAUUAAAGAGAUAAGGAAAAAAACGUAAAGAAAUUAAAAGGAGAAGAGUAAAAAUUCUAUUUAAAAAUAUUCCAAGGGCAUACAAUUGUCAACAACCAACCAUAACUACUAACUGCAGUUGUAGCAGUCAGUGAUAUAAUUAAAGUAAAAACCAAAAAAAAAAUGUGAGAUAAUAAUAUGCUGCAACAACAAACCAGUGUUAAAUACUGUUAAAUGAAAAGGAAAUAAAAAAAGCAAAGUAUAUGUUAAGGGGCGUUUAAAAGAAAAAACAUAUACAGUUUAAUACGCCAUUUUACUACUAACACAACUAAAUUUUAAUACUGAAUGUGUGGAAAUAAAUCUAUAUUAGUGUUUGUUGUAAACGUGUAUAUAUGACAGUAUUUAUGAAAAACGUGUGUUUACUUUACCACAAUCGAUAACUUACUGAAGCUUAAAAUAUUAGCGGCUGUAAAACCCACAGUUAGCUAUUUACAGCAAAAUAAUCUCAAGCACUGCCUUCCUUGGCAGCUGCCAACUACUAGUAACCAUAAAACAUUGUGAAAAAAAUGUAUUUAUAAAAAGUUGAAAAAACGUGUGUGUUUGUAAAAAUUUUCCAGCUUUAAUAUUUCUAAAGAAAACACCCAGAAGAAGCAUAAAAUAAAGCAAAAUUAUACAAAAAAAAUCUAAUAAGAAAAAGUUGCUCUGUAUGUAGUGAGUGUAUGUGUGUGGAAAAGAAUUCUUUAAAAUACUUUUGAAUUAUUAAGAAAUGUUGGCAAAUGUAUGUCAGCCAACCAACCAGCCACAACGGAUUACAACGAAACCCACAAAAACAACAAACAAACUUUGCUGCUGCUGUUGUUGUUGUUGUGACGCCAUUGUAAUUAAGGAUAUAACUCAUAUUCAGCACAAACAACAACUACAACAUUAAGAACAUAAACAGAGAACUGCAGAUUACAAGGACAAUCAAUAAUCAUACAAUGGACACAGGCUAUACAGCAGAAAAAUAAAAGCACAGAGCCACAAAAAUAAAUAAAUAAAUGAAUGAAUAAAUAAAUAUUUUUGUGAUUAAGCUAUAAAAACAGCAACAACAACAAAAUAACAAUACCAAGACCACAAAGCCAACAAGAAAAAAACAACAAAAUAUAUAUAAAUAAACAACAAAACGAAUAAAAGGAAAACCAUUUCAACCGCAAAUAAAAUAAAAAAAACAACACGACACGACACCAGGACAUUCAUCAUUCGACAAAGCCAAAGCCACCAGCAUCAGCAUGUUGUAUAACGAUUGCCUCCUGCUUCUACAUUGGCCUCAUCAUAUUUUACAAACAGUUCCAGUCCUAAUGAGAUGUAGCACUAGUCAUGCCACAGCAGUAGCAGCAACAAACACAAUCGCCAUUAGUAGCCUCCUGUAUAAAUAAAUAAACAAGGACUCAUUUGUAAAUUGCCUAGAUCCUACAAAAUAUAGAAAAAAAGGAACGAAAAAAAACCAAACAAACAAAGUAAAGCAGAGUAAGCAGACGUUGGCUAAGAGAGAGAGAGCGUGUAAAAAGUUUAAAUAAACAAUAGUACUUUUAAAAUUGUUUUUGGUUUGUUGAUCCCCCUAAAAAAAUUUAGCCAGGUGUCGAAAUAAAAGAAACUUGGCAGCUUUUACCUUUUUUGGCAAAUAUUAUGGAAGCAUUUCAUUUAAAGCGUCCAACUCCCGCAGAGUCGCUCUUAAGCAGUAGAAGAAGCAGAAGACCGGAUAUACAAAGAGGGUGUAUUAGUAGUAGUGAUAGUGAAAUUAGAGCGGCGUCACUGGGAUGCAAUAAAAUAUUAACAACGACGACGAAAACGGAAACGACAUUAACUUCAGUAGAAAAUAUAAAAUCAACAGCAGUCACAUCAUCAACAGUAGUCACAUCAUCAGGGAGUAGUAGCAUACAUAUACCACAACUUUUACUAUCACUAACACCACCACCACCAUCAUCAUCAUCACCAUCUACAGGAAUAUUCCCACACAUACGACGUAGAAAUUUAUGGAGUUGUUUUCAUUUAAGACAUGAUUUAACCUGUAUUAUGAUGACAAUGUUGUUUGUUAUAUCAAUUGUAUUAUCGGGAAAUUCAGCUUUAGCCGCUCAAAGGGAAUCCUUCAAACCCAAAGAUACAAAUAGCAUCAACAACAAUAACAAUAAUGCAAAUGCCAUAUUCAAUGAAAUAGGCAGCAGUAGUGCGGGGGGCAGUGUUAAUGCUGGUGGUGGUAGCUUAAGUAGCAGCAGCGGAAACGGAAAUGCUGUCAGCCAUAGUAAUGCCAAUAAUAUAAGCAACGGAAAUACCAAUGUCAACAAUAAUAACAAAAAUAUUGGUUUGGGCACUUUAAGCACAUCACAAAAAACCACAACGAGUCUAACCACCAGCACAUCAACCAGUACCAGCUCAACAGCUGCUAAUGGUGGCAGUGGUUAUGCCACCACUACAUCCACUCACACCACCAGCUCUAGCUCCAGUUCCAGCUCGAGUGGUGUUAGCAGUAGUUCUCACAAAACAUCCAGCUCACAACGCAAUUCCAUAGAACUGCAGGAGACCCAACAAAAUGGUCCCUAUUUCGAUAAGGCUGCUUCAAAGAAUGUCACCGCUUUGUUGGGCAAGACAGCGUAUUUAAAUUGUCGUGUUAAAAAUCUAGGCAAUAAAACU